AUGGAGUGUAUCACUACAAUUUCUUAUUCAUUUGUGCUCAAUGAGGGAUUAACCAAAUCAUUUCUAGGGUUUGAGGCGAGAAAGCAAUACCUGCGGCAUCUGUCAAGAAGACCGAUAUCCAGAUUGGAAAGGUUCGGAGGCAUUGAGGAAAGGAAAGGCAUUGGAGAAGUAGCUUGCCUGACGUCAAUUCUUCGGUGGAGCGAGUGUAUCAGUGUCCUCGACUCGCCCUCAGCUCUAGCUAUUCUCCAGCACAUCAGGUUCCAGGGUGAGCUAUUCAUUCCAGCUCGUGUUGGAUUUUCUUGGUCAUGGCAUAAUGUCCUUAGUUUUCGGACAUAAACCAUUUUUUAU